CGAUCAGCUGUUUACAUAGCUUAUCGAACUCGUUCAUGAUGGAUGAUGUUUGAACAAGUGAUUUGGACACAUUGCCUUUUGCGACGACAAUCCAUGGCCCAGGCUAGCUGAACUCGUACAUCCACGGGCACUGUGCCAUUUUGCCAAGAACCCCAUUAUUGCAGAGGAAGAGAAGGCUGGAAGCACGAUGCUGUCGUCAAAAGGAGUAAAAGAAUUUUUCGUUGGUGCUGAGAGCGACAAAUCGGAACCGCCAAUGGCAAUGUUUGCAGGCGCAGCCUUGACCAAACGGUCCGUUCAGAACAGCACCGGCAUGGAUAUGUUUGUGCCCAAGUUUGACACGUCACAAGGCGCUGGACGCGAGACGCUCUACCACAUUAUCGUCAUCUCUGUAAUGUCUGUAUUCAAAUCUCCAAAGCACAAACCAGAAGAUGUUGUGCAGUUUUCGGUUCCGAGGAAGUAUGCCGAUUUCGAGCGGUUACAGGAGCAGCUGUCACAGGAGUUCUCAGCUAUUGUGUUUCCCAGCUUACCGCCACGUCGCCUGUAUUGCAAUGAAGAUGACUUGGAAGAUAGAUUGAUUGCAUUUGACUGCCUGAUGCGUGUCGUAGCCAAGACAACGCGCCUGAGUCGCUCUCACUCGGUGCUCCGCUUUCUCGGCAUUGAAGAGAAGCUGAUCAACCGGGCACUGAAGGAGAUGAAUACAGAAGGGAGCAACCCUGCCAGUAUCAAGGAGCCGGUGGUUUCCAAAGAAGAGGAAGAGGAGACGAUUGACAUAUUUGCUGACGACGACAACGAGGAGGAAGGAGGCGAUCUCGCAUUGUCCAGUCCGCUACCCACGUCACCUCACUCGUCCACCGACCUGCCUGAUGUCAGCAUGCAUGCCAGCGUGAGAGAGCAGUCCGCGCCAGAGACUAAUGUGGAUGAUUUCCUGCUCGUUGCUGGAGCAGCUGGUGGAGCAGCUGAGAAGAGCACUGUCUUCGCAGAAAAAAGAACCGACCGCACAAAGGAGCUGACGGAAACGGAUGCAGACUUAUUCAAGUUUGAUGAGGACCUAGGCUCACUUGACCACCUGACCAAGCCCAAGAGCAAGCCCAAGAAGGCAUCCAAAGCGAAAGCCAAGGCACCUGUGGUCGACGAAGCAGACACACUCCUGACCGAGCAACAAUUCGCUGACAUGGACUUGCAGCAGUACAUUGCGGCGAACGCCGCCAAAGCAGCGGAAGAGGUUGACCUGUUCUCAUGAGCAUCUCCGCACUUCUUUCUCGCCCUCUCUCUCCCCGGUUAGUGCCAUUGUCUAAGCUUGUUUCGCCACUUGAAACUUGUUCUGCGCCCUAACCUUUUUACAUUUAGGAAGAAAUUUGCUUCAUAGUCUUCGAAAGGAGGGUACAGUCUCAAAGUGAUACUCUGUGUCCUUUAUUCUUGUCGUUGCUGGAUCCUUUUCUUCACCGGACUGUUUGUUAUCGUUUAUACGACUUCAAAAAGAAACCUUUAAACUAGCACUUAGGGACUCUGGGCAGGCUUGACGUAACUUAACCUCUCAGACUAUUGCUUUGUUGAGUUGCACGUGUAAGAUUUGCUUUCUGCACGGCGUCGGUCUAGAAUUCUUGUCGCUGGUAUUUUUUCCGUUAUUUGCCUUCUCUCCGCUGUUGCAUCUCCCCUGUCUUAUGUUUACGUCUAUUUAUCAUGUACGAGAACGGAUCUGACAGAUUUUUGACUUUUUUAAAAAGUGUUUUUAAUAUAAAUGUGUUUACCUACCGGUACUUUGUCUCAAUGGUAGAUUUUAUUUUUGCAUCUUUCGAAUUUAUCAUAAUCCCGGCAACCACCGCAUUAGAAGCUGCAUCUGCGCCUUGA